AUGAAGGUUCCACUAGCAUCCUUGUCCUUGGGGGCUCUGUUUACCUUGCCAUCGGCCCUCGCUGGACUGAAUAAUGUCGGAGAGCAAGAGCCUCUAAGACCCCCCAUCGACCCGCUCAAGUACAAGGCUGCAUGUCCCGACUACAAGAACUAUGCGAUGCGACCACACCCACCGUAUAGCGCAGGUCCCAUGGAACUACCCUUCCAACGGCCAUCCAAGUACUGCCGAACCUUCGAAUCGCCUCUCGUCGAGAAGGUCAUCGAUGACAUGAAUGAAAAAAUAGUCGACAAGGACCUUGCUCGUCUGUUCGAAAAUGCCUUCCCCAACACAUUGGACACAACGGUACGCUGGCACGUUGAUGGGACUGUGAAGCACAAGUCCUCAAGACGAAGCUGGGACCCAGCAGCGUGGAAGGGCGCGCAAAGCUUCAUUGUCACAGGAGACAUCAACGCCGAAUGGUUGCGCGACUCUACAAACCAACUAGCGCAGUAUCAGCUGCUGGCCAAGAAAGACAAGGACAUACACCAGCUCAUUUUGGGAGCCAUCAAUACACAGGCAGAGUACGUCAUUGGCUCACCCUACUGCAAUGCCUUCCAGCCCCCUCCGCCGAGUGGGCUGAGACCGACCUUCCAAGGUGAUGGCGACAACGUACAUCCAAACUACGAACAGUCGUUCGUCUUCGAAUGCAAGUACGAACUCGAUUCGCUUGCGCAUUUUCUCUCCUUGUCCAAUCAAUUCCACAACCACACCGACUCCACAGACUUCAUCAACGGCCGCUGGCUGCUUGCUCUUGACACUUUGCUCAACGUGCUCCAGCAGCAGUCGAAGCCUACCUUCAACGAGGAGACAGGCGCAUACCAAGGCAACGAAUAUACAUGGCAGCGCCAAACCAACAUCGGUACCGAAACACUCAGCUUAAGCGGUCUCGGCAACCCGCUCAAUGGUGGUACAGGGCUCGUCCGCUCUGCUUUUCGUCCCAGCGACGAUGCCACAAUCCUUGGCUUCUUCAUUCCCGCCAAUGCCAUGAUCGCCGUGGAACUACUGCGCACAGCUGUCAUUCUCAAGAAAGCAGGAAAGAAACACAUUGCAGCAGAAGUGCAGACUUGGGGCGAGAAAAUCCAGAAAGGUGUCUGGGAACACGGCGUCGUGACGCACAAGAAGUAUGGCGAGGUUUUUGCCUUUGAAGUCGACGGCUACGGGUCUUCCAUCUUGAUGGACGAUGCCAACCUGCCCUCUCUCCUCGCUCUACCUCUCCUCGGCUUCACAGAUGCAGACAAUAAAAUCUACAAAAACACCCGUAAGAUGAUACUCGAAAAGAACGGCAACCCAUAUUACCUUACCGGUUCCGACUUUGCGGGCAUUGGCGGCCCUCACGUUGGUGUACGAAAUGCUUGGCCUAUGGCUGUCCUUGUGCAAGCCAUGACCUCAGACGACGACGAAGAGAUCAUGACAUGCCUUGCUGCGGUCAAGAAUGUGAGUAGCUUGGGUCUGGUGCAUGAGAGUGUAAAUGUGCAGUCUGGGAAGUCGUAUACACGCAGUUGGUUUGCAUGGGCGAAUUCGGUCUUUGCGCAGACCGUGUUGGACUUGGCGCAAAGGAAGCCACAUUUACUCUUUGGUAAGGGGGUGGAGGCGUACACUGUUGGUUGA